CUUAAUUUUCCAUCUAUUUCCAAACUUGAGCACCAAAUUGGUCAGUUAAUAACUUUUGGCUAAUUAAUCAACAACAACUCUCCAAGCAACAAAUGAUCAAAUCAAUUCGCAUGCACUUCAUUUACUAUGUCUAUUCUCCCCAAAUUCAUCAAAAAUAGCCAAGCCAAACCCCAAAACACCGUUCCAAAAAGUCAAAUCUAAACAGAACAUCCCUUAAACCUAAACGACAUCUCUUAAUUCUUAAAAAUGGAAAUUUUGUGGCUUAAACUUCUUCCUUAGGUUUCGUCAUUAGUGCUGAUCAUCAGUUAUCUUGGUGGCCGCUUCGCUCCUGCUAAGCUGGAGAUCUAGAUAGUAGGGAAGGAUAGUACCGUAAGGACUUGGGAAAGGAUGAUUGUGAGAGGUAUUAGGGAUAGAAGAUUAUGUACAGUUUAGUCCUUUCAAUUCCACUAAAAUCUGGCAAAUUUGUAGGAUAAAUGAGCAUACACUAAAAUUUAGAAAAUCACAAAUUUUCUUAAGAUUGGCUUAUAAUAUAUAUCAUUUUUGUUAGCUUUGUUAGAAGUAUUUUACUAUCAAAUGAACGAUAGCUAUUCAGAUUCAAACCCAGAUGAAGAAAUUGUACUCAUAAUUUCAAAGAACAGAUAUCCUCCAAUCCAGACUAAAGGAGGUCGCCGGUUUGUUGUUGGUUAUGUCGACAAUGUAUCUGAAACUUCUCAGUUGAGACAUUCUCCAAGAAAGGUGGCACUGAAUGAUGCUACUAAUACGAGAAGUAGCUCAAUUCCUGUCGGUUCUGGCAAAUACGUUGAUGCUUUCAUGAAAAAUAUUAAGCAGAAAAGACUUGAAUCAAUUAAAAACAGUUCUAAGAACCGUAAGAGCGUUCAGAAGAAUGCAAGCUCUAAGAUAGGGUUUCAUCUACCAAGCCUAGGGAUAGCCCAAUGUGGCCAAAAGAGCUCUAAAAAGAACUCUCCUGCUUUUAAGAAAACUCAGAAGCAGAACAAAGACCAAAGUUUUGCCAUGCAAAAGCAAAUCCACAAUAAUCCAAAGCAAAGUGCAAAGAAGAAAAAGAUAGCAAAGUCCAAAAUUAUAAAGCAGACAAAAAAGGCCAAAAUUGAUAAACCAGUGAAGAAGAAAGGGAGGCCUCCAAAACCUGAGACUAUCGAUCUCUGAGAUGACGAAAGUGAGCAACCAAAAGCCUCAGCAAAAUUGAACCCAAAGAAGAAGUUUAAACCAUUUUCUAGCUCAACGUGUGAGAGAAGAAGACUUCUGAGAGAAACUGGGUAUUUUGAUGACAGCGAUAAUGACUCUGCUCUAAGUAAGCUCGAUUUCUAUGAUGAUAACAAUGACAGAGACGACAAGAUUAAUAAACCUAAAGAUAAAGGCAAAAAUGCUGACUUACUCCUUGAUACAAUUGCCCCUCUUGAUAAGUCUGACUGUGAUAAAAAGAGCCGAGAAAACCAAAAAAGUAAUAGUAAAAACCAAGAAGUACCUGAAAAUAACUCAGAUGACUUAUUUCAAGCAUCUGAUAAAGAGGGAAGCAUCUCCGAAGAUAGUGUAUUUGGUGACACACAAAAAAAUGACAAGAAAGCUACAGAGAAGAAACCCUCUAAACAGACAAACAAAGAUUCUAGUAAAAGUUUGAACAAGAAUCAAAAAGCAAUGACCAGCAAUUUGCCAAAAAAAGACUCUUGACAAUCUAACAAAUAAGAAGUCAGCAAAGCCACCCACAGACCAAGACAAAGGUAAAAUGAAGCCUAAAAAGAUUCUAAAACGCAAGAAAUCAGCUUGCAGAAAGCCUAGACCAAAGAAUAUAUCUGAUGCAGAAAAGAAGCAUCAAAGCAAUCGAACAGAAGAAAUGAUUUCUAAACCUUCAAGCUUUACUCCUUUAAUUUAUGAACAACCAAAAGGCUCAAAUUCUGCACCAGAGACUAUUAGAAUCAUCUUCAAGAAAACUACCAUUCUUGAGGAUGCACUAGAAAGACCUAACAUAUAUUUAUCAGGGGGAAAUCUAAUGAAGAAAAGACAGAAGAAAAAGAAUAAGAAACAAUCUGAACAACAAAGUACCCUCCCGAGGGAGCAAGAUUUGAAGGAUAAUCCGACCAAAGAGUCUCCUGAAAAGAAGGAAAAUUUGUUACCUGUUCAACAAGAAAAUCAUUCUGUUUGCAAGAGUAAUGCCCCGAACAUAUCAGAAGUUGGAGAUACCUGAGACACAAACUAUGAUAUAUUAUCCAAGAAUGACCCUGCUUUCAGCUUGAACCAAGAAUGACAAAGCUCAUUAGCACUUUCUCAUGCUAAAAAGAACAAUGAAGUAUCAAAAAUAGCUGAGAAAAUGAAGCAGCAAGAAGAGAAGAAAGUAGCUCAAGUCACUCCGCCCGAAGAGAUAGAUGAUACCAAAGAUGAUGAGAUACAGUUCACAUCAAGUGAGGUAUUCAAUAAGUCAUUUCAGAAGGACAAGAAAAAGAGGAAGACAAUUUCUCACUCAUAUCCCUUCGCUAACCCAUUGUUCUGCUCUGAAGGAGGCUCUGAAGUAAUUGAGAAGAAGAGAGAUGCCAAAUUUGCUGACAAAGAGCCAUCCUCAGAAAAAAUUCCGGAAAAGUUUUGAAAAGACCCUGGGCGAGACACCUGAAAUGCUCACCAUCAAAAAUAUGUUUGCUACAAUUGUCAAGAUGACUCCUUCCUAUGAUCCCGGUGAGUUGAUGAAGCUGAUCAGGCGAUUAAGAAGAACCUUACUCACAUAUCUGUAGAAGCUACAAGGAGAAUGUCUAUCUUAAGCUGAGCUCAUGAGCAGGCAAAUUCCUUGAACUUAUUGCAUUUAACUGAAGAGAAAAUUAGGGCUACUAAGAAGGCUAGGAUUAGUGAACUCAAUAUAUCCUUAGCUCAACUUAAGAAUAAGUUUGACACCCAAAUCAGAGAGUUCAAAAGAGCAAAGAUUCAUGAAAUUGAGCAAUUGGAUGAUGAAAAUGAGAUAUGGAAGGAUUUCCCUGUAAUGAACUCAGAAAAUGCAGAUAUUAAAUCAAAGAUGAAUAAAUUAGCCCCUCUUCAGUCUGAAGAGAGAUAUUUUGAAAUAAUAGGCUCAGUUAGCUCUGAAAUCCUUGAUCAUACAACCAAGUUUCAGCAGAAGACGUCUUGAAUUCGAGAAAAUAAGGAAUGUCAGAAGCUCAGAAACAUUAGCAAGCCACUUUAUGAAGAGGAAAUGUAUCGUGAUUUUUUGAAAAAUUUAGAGUGCCAUCUGCUAGAAGAUAGAACUUCUCAAGUUGUAGGAGUUGAUGGCAAAAAUUGCAUCUUCCUUGUAAAACAGCAUUGUAAAACUAUUUAUUUACUAGACCUCAAAUCAAAUAUAUUGCACCAAUAUUCGAUGCUUUUCACAAAGAAAGGAAGACAGUAUUCACUAAGGCUGAGGAAGAUUGAUCCGAAGUUAAACUCAACCUCCCAAGUAUCCUCAUUGAUUACUCCUUAUGACAUCAAAACUCAGUGCUGGAAUGAGAGUGAAUCAAAAGAGUACUUUCAAGGGGUAAAGUUAAAUGAUGGAAGAUAUUUUAUUAUCUCCACCUUCGGCGACCGCAAAACUAGGCUAUUUGAAACAGUAUUCAAUGGCUGAGACUUCUCUCAAAAAGGAAGCUUCAAGCAUCUUCACAUUAACUCAGCAGUGACCAAUUAUAACAAUGAAUGCUUGUUUGCUAUUGGGUCGUGAAACAUCAGUCUGAAUGAUGAGUAUGCCUGAGAAAUGUAUAACUUAGAUACAGAUAUAGCAACCGUACUUCCUAAACUAAAUUAUAACAGAACCGGACACUCUGUAAUCAAUAUUGACAGAUACAUCUACGUAUUUGGAGGUAUGAACUUGUUCUACCAGACAUAUCCAAGUUGUUUCGAGAGACUUCAGAUUCAUAACGGAGAUGGAGACUUUUCAAAAAUAUGCCAAAAUCAAUGGAAGAAAAUCAACUUCAAAUCCAAAACUGGCGAUAGCCCAUGUCUCUUACAUAACUGCGGUGUUGCCAAGAUUGGUAGCAAAGACAUUAUCAUAUUUGGAGGAAUCUCAGAGAAUAACAAAUGAGGAAUGGGCUCUCAGAAAUACCACAACCCAUUCAGCCAAAAGGUAUAUUUCUUCAAUAGCCUAAAAAAAAUGAAGUUGAGACCUAUAACAAAAAAUACAAUCUGAGCAAGCAAGAACUUUUCUCCUCUGGCCAGGCUGAGGUUAUGCGGAGCCACCUUUACUGCUUUGGUGAGCUCCAGAAUGGUAUUCACAUAAUGGAUCUCAAGACUUAUAUAUGGAAGUACAAAGAAAUCACCGAUUUUACUAAGGAAGAGACUUAGAUGAGUUCAUCAAGCUAGAUAAUUUGUUCUAAGUUUUUCUGUA